UUUUUAAAUAGUUUUUGGGGGUGUUGAGUGAGGAAGGGAGGUUAGUGGUAAGGUAAGGGCGGGAUUUGGGAAGGAGGGGUGAGUGACAGGGGUUUUGGAGGGAGGAAGGGAGGGGUUGUUUUGGGGGGUUUCUUGGGGAUUUUUAAAUGUGGUGACUCAGUUUUACUCUUUCUAAGGGAUAAUGUUGCCUCUUCUUGGAGAUUAUUGGUGGAAAUAGAGUGAUAGGAGGUUUUGAGGAAAGGAAGAUGUAGUGAAUUUUAUUAAAGGAUUUAAUAACCUAUAGUUACUAUUUUUUAAUAUUUACUCCCUGUUAUAAUGUUAUAUUUCUUUUAUCUUCUAGCACAUAGCAUCUCACAAAUUGAUUCAAAACUAAGAGAAGCCGUAUGCCUGGAGAGUUUUUGGAUGAAAGAAAAUAUUUCAAUUAGCAUAUGCUUUUAUAAAUUUCAAUAAUUUAUGAAUUUUCUUAACAAUAACAAGUCGUGCAGUUUCCUAAGCCCUCAGAAUUUUUAGCUCAUUUGCUUGUGGCCAUAGAGUACCCAACAAGUUUAUUUCUAAAAACUAGAGUUCUCUAAGCAAAGCGGAAGGGGCGCUCUUGACAGGUAUUCAUACAUUCAGGUAAAGUAAGAAUAACUUGAGAAAUGCCACAUUCGAUGAAUUGGCUAGAUUAUCCAUUGGAGUAACAUCGACAAACCCGAGAUAAAGUAAUGGAACCAUGAUGGCUGGCUUAUAAAGUUAUUUAAAAUAAGUGUUAACCGGGUACCUGAAUUCCGCCUCCCUCAUAAAGUUCAGAAGAGAGAAACAUUGGAGGUCUUGAUAAACCUUGAUGAAGGAUCUAAUUAUUACUUGGUGAUCAUUCGCUUUCAUAUCCUUGCAAAAGAUUGGAAAACUUUGUGUUCAUUAUUUUAGGUGAAAUGAAGGUGAAUUAUCUAAAAGGGUUUGUAGACCCCCAGAAGCCAUUGUUUUUCAUAAAACUCAUUUGUUUAUGAUAUAAUAUCGCCCAGAACGGUCUUAGAAGUGCCAUUAUCAUCAUUGAUAGCAUGAGUUGGAGCAUUGGAGGAUUAGUGGUUUUGGCAGGCUUUAUAAGAGACUUGGCAAAGAUUCUUAACCUUAGAAUUGAAAAUUUACUGUAUCUGAAAUUCAGGUAACGAUUGCUGUCUAUCAAGGUUAUUUGUAGCAGAUGGACUAUAAUUUUAGCUGAAAUGAACUUCUGACACAAGUAUGGGAGGUCUUAGUCUUAAGCAAUAAUUAGAAGGGGAAAUAAAAAAUAUUAGUUUUCUUUCAGUUCUUCAGCUAAUUUUUUACAUAUUUUCGUAUCAGGUAAUGGAGCAUUAAAUGGUUUACAUGACCAUAAUUAUUGCCUUCUGGAUCUGCUCAAAUUUGAGAACCCUAUUGAAGGCACACCAAGCUAACUCUUAGAGAAUCUCUUGCCUUCAAAUUGCUUGGGUAUGGUUUCUAAUAACCAAUUAAAUAUGUCCAAUAACAUAUUUUGGAAAUUUUUGAAAUCAGCAUUUAGAAGAAAAGAGUUAUCACAAAAAUUUGAUGACGUUAUUGCUAUCUCUGCUUCCUAAUCCAUAAAGUAGAACAUGAAAUAGGUCUCAUAUACACUUGAGGUCCUGCUGAUUAUUUCUGAGAUGAGGAGUUUCUAUUAAGAAAUAACUCUCCUUUAUCUGGCUCUAAGAUACAUUAGUGACACUAGGAAGAAAGGCAUUAAGCUAAUUGCGAACUUCACAAUGCUCACUGUGUGGCUAAUCCAAUCUGAGAGAUUUGAAUGGUCAGUUUCUAAAAAUAUGAGAUUUACUUGGAUAAAUUGUCAAUAAAAUAUGAAGGAAGCCAUUAAUAAGAGUGAAAAUUUCAUUUUUAGAAUCUCUAAACUCUUAGAUUUUACUAAUAUCUGUGGCUCUUCUCAUAGAGAGAUAUUUAGGUUCCGGAAAAAUUGGAUGAAAUUAAAAAAAAAUAGGAUUAUUACAUUUCUAUUUUUAGGCAAGCAUAUCCCAUGAUGCAAAAGUUCACCACUUUGGAGAACAAAGCAAUAUUAUGACUAAAUCCACUUCUUAGCUAAGAAGGCUUCUAUAAACCAUCCUGAGCCAUUAUCAGCCGAAAGUAUACAAUUGGGAUGAAUAUUUAGCCAAAAUUUAAUACCUGAAUUUAGAGAAUGGCCUAGUUGGUUGCUGAACCACUGAGAAAUCCAGAAUGGAAAAACUCUAUUGAUUCUAACAGCUAGCUGUUUCUAAUAAAGCUCUUAAAUUGUCCAAAAUCCUUCAUGCUAUAAUUUCCCUAAUUGAGCAAAGAACUGCAUAAAUUUGGUGCUGUAAGGCCAUAAAAAUUUUAUUGAUGAGCAAAAUGUCAUAAAAUCCUGUACCUCUUGCUAUAAUUCUCGAACUCUAAGGUUCAAUUAUUAAAAUUGCUCUUUAUUACAACUACUCCAAGAUAACUCUAAUAAUAAUACUCUAAACAACAAAUUAUUCCAAAAAUAUGCAAGAUUUCU